UUAGCACCAAAAUUUCCACAAAUUAGAUACUCACCUGCGCAAGUACAGCAGGAACUAUCAAAUCGAAAUUACCGUACGGGAUGGCUGCCAGCAUAGAGGGCCACGGUCUGCCAAUGGUAGACGCUUUUGCGCAAUUAUUGUUGGAAAUGCUUCAGCAGGCUGAAUUGGUCAAAGAAGCACAUACGAUAGAGUCGCCAUUGACUAAGACCGAGCUUGCAAAUACAUACGAGCGCAUUGAUUCAAUAUUCAACGAAGCGGCAUCUAUAGAAUCUAAAAAGCGCAGUCAGUAUGCCAUCAUCGAAACCGCUGUUCGAGAUACUUUCAACAAUUUACUGGUAAGCCUUGCACCAGUACGACCGGUAGACAAACUCUGACUACCUACAGGCCUCUAUAUCUAUUGAAAGUUCUUCCUCUUCACGAUUAUGGAAUCUUCUCGACAUCAUCUCCCUCCUAUCUGACGACGAGCAAUGCGAACCUGCCCUUUUAUUUUGGCUUGUUGAAGAAUUGCUGGACAGUCAGACAAUUGCUGGAUGCCGGAAGAUAUUUGACUACCUCGAGUCACGACGUGAGAAGAUCACGGCAAAGCAUUUCAACCAAAAAAAUCUAGUAAUUUUGAGAAGCUGCAACGAGCUUCUGCGGCGACUUUCUAGGGCUGAGGACACUGCAUUUUGUGGUCGAGUUUUUAUUUUCAUGUUUCAGAGCUUUCCGCUUGGAGACAAGAGUUCUGUGAAUUUGCGCGGCGAAUUUCAUGUUGAAAAUGUCACAUCCUUCGAUGCCCUACCGCCAAAUCCAGUAGACACAGAAAAGAUGGAAGUGGAUUCGGAUAGCAACCUGAAAACAAUUCCACCAGACACCAAACCAACUUCAAAUGGACGAACGAGCACGGCGAAAGCGUCUGAAGACGGCAAUGGUUCUGGCAAGGAUGUAGCAACAUCAAAACGUGAACCGCCGAUGAAACCUGAUGAGUUAUACCCAAUCUUUUGGUCAUUACAGCAGAGCUUUAGCCAGCCGAAGAGGUUGUUUAAUGCCGAGAAUUUUGCUGAGUUUAAGAAGGGUCUGGAAGCUACAAUAGCUACAUUCAAGUCUGUACAGCAUGAAACUGUAGGGCGGCCGGCAGCGAGAGCGGCAGAGGAUAAUAAGAGAGGGACAAAAAGAAAGCGUAGUCAAGGAGACGAUGACCUAGCAAAUUCUUUCAACCCGAAGUAUCUCACAAGCAGAGACUUGUUUGAAUUAGAGGUAUGCCAUCUCCCAACACUUGCGAGAGUAUUCUAAAUUUAACCUGAAUCGUUAGAUUAGCGACUUAUCAUUUAGAAGGCAUAUACUCGUACAAAUCUUAAUAAUCAUGGAUUUCCUUCUUUCAUUAAGCACCAAAGCGAAAGAGAAGCUUUCAAAAGCUUUACCGGAGAAUAUUAAUAGAUCGGUCACGUAUGCCGAUCAGACACUUAGUGAGGAGGAUGUAAGUGACCUUUUUCCCCAAAUAAGCUAUUCUUGUGAAUACCAGCUGACAUUCCAUAGACAAAGUGGUCGUUAGAUACUAAAAAGACGAUUGCAGAAUAUUUGAAGAAAGGUGCGGAUGGCGCAUUCUUCUAUCGCAUGGUUGAGACGGUUCUUUCGAGAGACAAAAAUUGGGUUCGUUGGAAGGUUGAAAAUUGUCCUUCUAUUGCCAGACCAGCCGUUUCACCUGGGGACUAUGUAGAUGCUAAAGCAUCAGCUCGCAAAGCUACAACUAAUAAACGAUUACGUCCCAAUCCUUUGGGAUCGCUAGACCUCAAAUUCCUCGCGGAAACCGACGUCCAAAGUGGCUUAGAGAGGCUGAAGAAAUCAGAAAGAUAUCAAGUUCCUUCCAUCAAGAGUUUCAGAAAUAAAAUCAACCUAGAUGAUAUGGAUAUUGAUAUGGCUCGGGAUGAGGAAUCAAAAAACGUAGCUAUAGAAGCAAAAGCGAGUAAAUGUUGGAGGGCACUACGAAUCGCUAGUGCUAGCAAACUUGCUGCUUUUGACAAAAUCGAGAAAUCAGAUAGCAUCGAUGAAAUAUUCAAGGACGAUGUUAAACCGGAGGAUCUUAUUACCCCUGGCGAUGACGAUGCUCUGGAGAAUGGAGAUCCGAAAGUUGGCGAAGGGGACGAGGGUGCAAAAGUACUACCCCUAGGAAAUGAGGAUGUGGAUAUGGAAAAUGAGAAGAAAGAGGAGCAAUCGAAUAUUCGCGCAGUUCCCGUGACGGAAGUGGAAACAUGAUAUUUGUGGAAAGGAACGACAUGAAUACACCUCACAUCAGCAUGCGUGAUGAGAUGACAUUAGAUGGUCAUGCACCAUCUCUAGGAAAAGAUGUGGCGGAAUGAACUUCAUUGGAAACUGUACUUGUAUUUGUACUGUAUAAUACCCCUUUCAUAUCUCGCGAAGAUAUAUCAUAUACCACAACAGAGCAUGGUAAAGCAUCACUAUCGAGUACUAUCAAUCCAAACAGAGACGAGAUAGUCUAUAUUAUCAUACUGAAGCGAGAAUUAUGAGUGUGACACUUCAGAAUGAUACAUAAGAUGGGGAUCCAAGAGUGGAAUAUCGGAGAAAAAGUCUGCGGGAGAGUUUGAGUGGGGAGUUAAGCAGAUGAUAGGGGGUUUUUGCGUGUACCGUUACUUUGUGAUGAUAAGUAGGCACUAAAUGUUCAAGACUUUUCACCGCGAUUUUCAAAAUACUGCACAAGAUAUGCAACAGAAGUUCCGAAGGGAGGUAAACGGGCCGGAUGAGGAGGUGGUAAAUGGAGCAGGGUGUUUUUACUCUUGCCUGAUAUGGUACCGCAUCCCACUAUUGCA